AUGGCUACCUCUUUCAGUCGUUCAUCAUCUCCAAUACUUCAAAUUUCUUGUAUCUUUUUCUUUGUCAAUUCAUUUUUAAUCGUGUUACCUUUGUCUGAAUCGGUAUAUUUCAAUAUCACUCAGUUUGAGGCUGAUGCAACAAACAUACUCUAUUCAGGCGAUGCGGUGCCAUCUCUUGGAGACAUAGAGUUUAACAGAGUGAAUUACCUCAAUCGUGUUGGCCAGGCUGUGUACGCAGAUACAAUCCUGAUUUGGGAUAGAAAAUCUGGUAAGGUUUCAGAUUUCACCACUCGCUUCACCUUCAUUAUCGAUACACAAGCUCAAUACUCCUAUGGCCAUGGGUUCGCUUUCUUUCUUGCCCCAGUUGGCUUUCAAACCCCACGCAACUCAGCUGGUGGGUUUCUAGGCCUGUUUAACACAACUUACACCGAUUCACCCCGAAACCAAAUGAUUGUCAUUGAGUUUGACUCUUUCAUCAACGAAGAAUGGGAUCCUUCAUACGAACAUGUGGGUAUCAAUAAGAACUCAACUAGUUCGGCUAAUUACACUUCUUGGAAUGCUAGUUUACACAGUGGAGACCCUGCGGAUUGUUGGGUUUCUUACAAUGCUACCACUCAGAUUCUAAACAUGUCAUGGAGCUAUGGGGCUAGAAAUGAUUCUAGAGAGAAUACCAGUCUUUCGUAUCAAGUUGACCUCCGGGAAGUUCUUCCUGAGCAGGCAACAGUUGGAUUUUCGGCUUCCACCGGUAGCAAUGUGGAGAGACAUAUCCUUCAAUACUGGGAGUUCAAUUCAAGCUUGAAUAUAAAAAUCGAAGAUGAUUCCAUUGAGAGGAAACUAGCAGAGGGAUUAACAGUCCCUAUUGGCGUUCUGGUUUUAGGAGGCAUAGUAGCAUGCAAUAUAGUAAGGAGGAGACAAAGAAAGGCUACACAGAAUUCAUUAGAGACAGUCACCUUGACAUCAAUGAUGAACCAUUUUGAAAGAGGGGCAGGACCGAAAAGAUUUUCUUACAGAGAUCUCGCUUCAGCUACCAACAACUUUUCUGAUGACAAGAAAUUGGGCGUGGGAGGAUUCGGGUGUGUCUACAAGGGCUACUUAUCCAGCGAAGCCAAAGAAGUUGCUGUCAACAAAAAUUCACAGGGUUCUAAACAGGGAAAAAACGAGUACAUAACCGAAGUAAAGAUCAUUAGUCGUUUAAGGCACCGAAACUUAGUACAACUCAUUGGUUGGUGCCACGAUCAGACUCAAUUCUAG